AUGUGUAUCAUAGAACAUCCUCUCGGCGGCGGUUAUGCUCAUUCGACACUAAAGAUGGGUCAAGAUACGGAAGCAACAACGGCUGCGGCCGUCACCAGCACGCCCAGCAACACCAGCAACGCGUCGUUGUGUGGCAACAAGCGAAAAUACGACGAAAUCUCGACUGACGCACCGACCAAGACAACACCGGACAUCGGAGUGUCCACGGAGUGCGAGAUGGUCGUCGAUGUGGUGCAACACCUGCAGCAACAGAGCUCGGAAGGGGCCACUCCCGAGGUGGUCGAAAGUCAGCGGCUCAAGGAAAGUGAAGCCGAAUCCGAGGGUAUUAAGGCGUGCAAGAGUCCUCGAUAUGAUGGUGAUGAGGUGUUGCAAGAGGACAACACCGCACAGGUAGCUCAGGAAGAUGCGCCAGUGCAGAAGAUGGAGGUCAUCUCGGAGAGCCUCGUCAAUACUAGCGUCAGUACAACCCUCGCGACGAGUAGCAGCAGUAGUAGCAGCAGCAGUAGCAGCAGUAGUAGCAGUAGUACCAUAAGCAACGUUAGCGUUAGCAACAGCAGUAGUGUGACGGUCAGUAGUCCUUUCAUCACCGCCUCGCCAACGAUCCUUAGUCCGACGGCACCGAUCCUGUUGACGGCAUCGCUUGCGGCGGAACCGGAAGAGAACACGAUUGCAAAGUUGGAAGCUGUCGCCGUGCCAGGUGAGACGUCCUGGAACUGUGAGCCGAUCGUGGACAGCAUUAGCAAGCUCCAAGCGGUGGCAGUACCCGGAGAAACGUGGGGUAGUGGGGCGGAUAGUACGCGAUCGACACUAGCGACCACAUUGCUGGUAGCGGAAGACCUCGAUGAUGAUGAUGAUGAUUUUGAGGAUGACUUCGAUGAUGAUGAGACGAUCCUGCCCGGGUACUCGUCUAUGCGUUAUCCUUGUUCACCGAAUCGUGGGACUACGGUGGCUUCGGUGGGUCCACCAGGUGGUGCGGGAUACAUUAAUCCGGCUUAUCCGAAGCCCGGAUACUUCCCGGAACCCUAUCAGAACUGUGCGCGAACAGGAGCGUCCAAUAAUGGUGCCCAGCAGUACGCAAACCGUGGUUACGGAUGGGCCCAACAUGGCUACUAUUCACCUCCUUACGAGGCUCCAAGUUCGCAACAAACCAUCCGUUGUGCGGAAAAUGGCAAGAGUUACUUUGAGCUGGGAUCGGCCAAUUAUGGGAAUGCGGCAGCAGCAGCUGCUGCAGCGGCAGCAGCCUCAGCAGGCCCACCAGGAGGACCAAUGAACCCAGCCAUUCCGAUGGGAGCAGCUCAACAGCAGCAGCAGCAGCAGCAACAGCAACAGCCAGCGGGAGUUGUGGGUCCUUUCGCAACACCUGGACUCAUGCCGGGUGGUAGACCGCAUCAUCUGAAGCGAUGCUGUGAUGGACGUAAUAUGUCCUGCAGCAACAAGCAGUGCUACAAGGAGCGUCGGCUUAAGAUGAUGAACCUGUCCAUGUUCAAGUUGGCCAGAUUCCGGCAGGCCUCGGAUCAAUCGCUCUACCGUUCCGUGCUCAUCUGCAACACGCUUAAGUCGAUCGAACGCGAGAUCGACAACGAAAACAAGGAGUUUAGCCAUCACCACCAACAACAACAUCAGCAGCAACAGCAGCAUUUCCAUCACCAGCAGCAGCAGCAGCAGCAACACCAUUACCACAUGCAGCAACAGCAACAACAGCAGCAGCAACACGCGGGUUUACACCAUCAAUUAUCACCUUUGGCACCUCCACCACCACCGCCACCAUCGUCGGGAGCGAGUUCUACUCCACCAACGGGUGACUACUUUAGCAACCGGAAUCCUGCCAACCGACAAACACCUGCAGCACCAACCACCAACUCUGGUUAUGGUCUGCCAGCGGGCAGUGAUCCUGCGACUAUCACAAUGCAGCUGUCACCGUACGAUCAGCAACAACAGCAGCAGCAACAACAUCAGCAACACAUGCUUCAUCCUCUGCAUCAUCAUCAUCACCUGCAGCAUCAUCAUCACCAUCCUCAUCCGCAGUCCCAGCAACACCUGCAGCAGCAACAGCAGCAACAACAACAGCAGCAGCAACUGCAACAACAGCAUCACCAUCUACAGCUGCUCCAUCAGCAACAUCCGAUGGUGCCACAUCUUGCCAACGGAGGACACACACACCCGCUAAAGGAUCCUCAAUCGGGUCGUGCGACUCCUUUCCCAGCCACCGGUGCUAAUCCGACCACCUUGGGUGACACUUGUACCACAAACAGCACGAGUAGUAGCAGCAGCAGCAGCAGCAGCAGCACGAGCAGCAGUAGUACCACCAGCAGUAGUUCUGGCGCCAGCAACACCUCCGUUACCUACCAACAGCUUGUUCACCAGCAUCACCAGCAGGAACCUCUGCAGCAGCAGCAGCAGCAGCAACAGCAACAGCAACAAGACCAACCCCAACUGCAGGUUCUCCAUCAACACCAUCUUCAUCAUCACCUCGAAUCGCAGCAGCAACAACACGACCCAG